UUGACUGUGACCUUGCACGAAUUCGGUUACGCUCAGUAACUACUCUUGCAACCUGGCACGAUCUCUGUAUAAUUUCGAUAUCACGAGCUCACCAACAAAUACAUCUCGACUUCAGCCAUCAACUGCCUUCUGAUAUUUGGCUUACAGGGGAUGUUAUCGGUUAACUGGCACGUAGUCUUCCUGUAAUGGUGAUCAUAGUCAACCGCAACUCGACGCCACACAACAAGUUAGAAAUGGCUUAUCAGCUCUCCAAUGCUCGAAGGUUUUAGGAUCGAGUCGCAUGCCACACAACGAUAGUAUUCUUUAAGUUGUCCAAAUGUCCAAUUAAUGACCACCUGAAAGAGAUCACUACUAGGGAUAUAAUAUUCAGGAAUACUCAAGACGUGUCACGUGGCUCAAACAUCAUUUAAUGUGAGAUUAUGGAAUGGACAGCAAUAUCGUAAUGAAUCAUUUCAUGAGUGAAAUCUUAAUUAGUCUGAAAUUUUUAACCUUGAAUUGAGCUUUUCCACUCAUAAAUAUGUAAAAAAUGAGUUUCGUCUGCCUGCUUGAAUUCUGGGCGUAUUUCCACUACAACUAUCCUUACGACGAAUCGGAGACAUAUCUAUUGUUGCUCGACUUACUUUUUGUCUUAUUCUCUCCUUUCCAAUGUUUCUUCGAAGGAAAUUUUGUUUUAACCACCUCAGAACACAGUGAGCCUUCAGGAAAACCCUUAUUAGUAUACUAAAAAACCAUGAAGAUAUUGGACAUUGGGUUCUCUUUGAUCCACAAUUAAUUGGUUACGCAACCUUGAAUCGUCAAGUCAACCACAGCCACAUUUACGUUAUAUUCUACGGUUGGCUGUAUAGCUGGAAGCACAGUAAUCUUACUGGAAUCAUUAAUCAUUUAUAAUUGGUGGUUCUGGUACCAAACUCAAUCUAAACACGCACAAGCCAGCUGAAUUAAUGUGGCGGAGAACUUUCGUUUCAACAGUCCUGUCACCUUGUACAUAGUACAUCUGGCCUUAGACAUGGCGUGGACCAUGAAUCGAAUAAAUUCAGCCGUAAAUAACAACUAUAGUCGUUACUUGAUACAUUGCAAACGUUAUUUAAAAGAAGUCUUAAGUUCAGGAGUACUGGGUGCUGAAGCAGCCUCACUUGAUAUAGUUGAACUUAUACCUGGAGAUAAGUAUGCUAAAAUUGAUGUCAACUGUAAACUACCAGUAUAUGAUGGCUCCAACAAACCUUCAAUAAAGCAAACACCCACCGCAUUGGCAUUUCAUAUUCAGCAGUAUAUGAAUAGUGGAAGUAGUGAAUUAAGAUCACUUUUGCAUAAGGGUUAUCCAAAGAUGAAGAUUCCUGUUUUUCAGUUUUUUAUAACUGAACAGACCUGUAUAAAAUUUAUCUUCUGUCAGGAGGUUCAAUAAUCGACUUAGGAUCCACAGAUGAUAUUCUUAUUUGGUGACCAUUGCGCGAACAAUCCUUUGGUUCGAGGUGGGCUACUAGGCGAAAAUAACAAACCGAAUAGUAUGGUUGAUUACUUUUAUCGACUUGUUACAUAUAUUGAAAUACCACCUACUUCAACGCCAAAUGUUGGCAGGUGUAAGAGUAAGUUGGAAGAAAACCAGUAGAAGCAGCUAGAGGAUACUGUGACAUUAGUUCAUGAAAUCACUGACCGUUCGAUUGGCCUGUUGUGAUAGAUGUAAACUACCUGGUUGUGUUUUGUGCGACUGUAGUGGUAAAUGGCUGGGACGUUGAGUUUUAGGAUUCAUAAUCGAUUCCAAUGACGCGGAUGCAUUCACUCCCUAUCUUACUCUAGAUUUCAGGCUCCACCAUCCCUUCAUACAGACAUUUUCAUCCCGUUUUCUCGAACUAUAUUCCCAAUAUUAUUCUUUUCAUCAUAGCUACUACAUUAUUUUGAAUCCUUUUCUAUUCAUAUUGUUAGUUUUACUUCAUCUUGGUGAUGUGGUAUGACAUUGCGAAUAGUUAUUUUGUGUAUCUGAUUCUAGAUUACUAUUGGCCUUUUCAUUUCAUGCGUAAUUUAGUGUCGAAUAGUGCGAUAAAAGAUAUAACAAGAAUACUUAACAAAAUAAAUAACUGAAUCGCAAAACCAUAUAUUUUUAAAAUGUUAUCUUUCUGUCCAUCAAUAUCCGUAGUCUUACCAAUUAAUCGGUGAUCUGAAGUUGUAACAUUUCACAAAAUUAAAUAUACAUCGGUCUUUUCUCUUACAAAAUACUCUUUGUGGUAGUAAAUUUAUCCCAUCUCUGUUUACAUUGUUUUAAAUAUCCAUAAAAGUCCUCAAAAGUAGUUAAGCUUCUCACUUAUUAUGUUCUUUUACAUCUGGAAAUAAAAUGAAUUCACAGAAAGCUAAGUGUAUUGAGUUGGAAAAGUGAUCUAACAUGGUAAUCGAACUAUUGGAUAAGGACUGUUGGACAAUCACUGUAGAAUAUACAAGCAAAUGGUCUCAUAUUUAUUGGAUAGGCCAUCUCCUCACAGGGAAAUCACAGUUUUCAUCGAUUAUUUGCUAAUUAAUAAUAAAUCAUCGAGGUCAGGUUGACUCCAGGCGAUAGUAUUUAAGUACAUUGUGAAUGGUCGCUUGCUUAGUCAUUUCCAUAACUAACGAUUUAGCUGCCCAGUUCACGUAUUUAAUAGAAAGAGACUACUUAUGUUUCUCACAUGGUUAGCUACAUAUUAACCGUACAAUUUACUUUUGUUAAUUUAUAUUCCUCAUUAUCAUUUAAAAAGUUACCUUGAUUUUCUUCUGUGCAUGCAUUACUGAAUUAGGUAAAUGCUCCUUCAAUUGAUUCAGAACAUUUACAGUCAUCCAACGAUGUAGUAUGUACUGCUAUUCCAGCGUCUAUCAAACCUAAUAAUGUUUAUGGAUUGGAACGUGAUAAACUUGUUAAAAUAAUUAAUUCAAGAUUGAAAGCGAUAAGGAAGAAAUCUCAUACUUUAGAGCCAAGAAAUUUAAUAUCUGAUAAUUAUGAAGAGAUAAAUAUCACUCCUGAAUCCAUUAAACAAGAUCACACUUCCAUCAGUGCAUGGGCAAAAUAUUGGAAGGAGAGUCAAGAUUGGCGAGCUAUAGCUAAACGCGAUAGAAGACUUCGUCAUCAAAGUACAGGAUUAGAAUUUUUAACACAUAAUCAAAACAAGAGUAGUGACGCAGAAAAUUGACAUUUGACUAAACAUUGUGUAAAUAAUACUUAUUGAAAUCUAUUUCUUCGUAUUGUUGUGCUUCUUUCAAUAGAAAAAGGUUAAUAUUCUCUUUGUUUUAAACAUGGGAUAUGUAGGGUGUUACUAAUAGAGUACUUCUAACAGUAUUCGAAAUCACCUUGUUCACGAUCAUAUUACAUCGGUACCUAGCUUCUUAAUUAAUCAUCUCGUGUACUGAACAUUCAAAAAAUCAUUUUGAAGAUCCUUUUGUUUUCACUUGGUAUUGUUUGGCUUGUAUAUUCCCAUUGAGGUUUAAGACUGCAAUUGAUCAGUCUGUUAUUGGCAUAUGCACAGUAUGCACAUAUGCCAACAACAAUAAACAAUCUUAAACCUCAAUGGGAAGAUACAAGCCAGACAAUACCAAGUGAAUUUAAACUCACC